AUGUCCUCGAAUAACUACAACGCGUACAGCUACCCGUAUCAACAAACCUCGGCGCAACAGUACUCAGCAUAUCGGACAGCAUCCGCCGCGAAUAAUGCUGCGCAAUCGUCCCGCCAAUACCAACAGCCACCGACAGCUCAGGCCCAGGACUACACGUCCUACCAACUACAAUCGUACGCGAACCAGGACAGUGGCUAUGGAACAGCACAAGAUAACUCGUGGAGUAGUAGCAACUAUGGAGAGACACCAGAGACAACUAGAGGCGCUGCCGAAGUCCUACGUAAUAUGAGCAACUCAACGUCGUAUACGAACAAUACCGCACCCACGAACACUCAGUCCGGCUUCUCUGUGCCCAACAUCACCUCUUCGCACUCCAGUCGCUAUGCUGCCGGCAGUUCGCAUUCACCUCAAGUGCAGGCGCAACAGCCCCAUGCUGUCCGUGGACAAUUGCAAGCGCGUCCACGCAGUGUCAACAACAACCGCACACAGCCGGCAAGUCAGGACCUGCCAUCGCCAGCUAUAGUGGCAGAUUACCCUUCGCAGAGAACCCAGACACUAUACAACCAGCAACAACAGCGCUUUACCAGUCCAGCUCAACCUCAGCACAAUAACGCACCUGUCAGUAAUGUGCAAAGCGCGGAUAUGACUACUACGACGAACCAGCAGUAUGGCGAUUACAAUCCUCGACAGCUUCCUAGCGUAGAAGCCUUGCGUAACUCUCUGAACGCCACAUCAUCGACAGUCUAUAACUACGGGAACGGGCAAAUACUUCCUGCGGUUGCCCCUCCGACACCGGCGCCGUCUACCAACAUGGCAGGUACAUACAGUGCUCAGAGUACUACUACAGUAGAUCCAAUGGCAGUCUACGACCCAUGGCCGGAAUACCAGCGAAAGCAGGCCGCACAAAAGGCGACUGAAGAUGCAGCGCACGCAGAAGAAGAGAGGGUCGCAGAGGAGGCGCGCAAAGUAGAGGAGCAGAAGAGAGAGGAGGAAUGUAAGCGACAGGAAGAAGAGGAGAGUAGACUUCGCCAGUCACAGCCAAAGUCGAACGAAAAGAAGGGUCAAAAACAGCAAGCGAGCACGCCGGAAGCGGUCCCUGCAGCCUCCAGCAGUUCCGAUGGUCCUGCUGAAGCGUUGGAGAGUGAGAUUCGAGCCAUGAUGGCUAAGAUGAGAGAGCUGAAUAGCAAAGACCCGGCACUUCUAGCACGAAUCUGGGAAGAAGAACGUAGGGCGAAAGUGCCUGAACUUCCCACCACGCAAAACAACCCGGCCUCUCAAUUUGCCGCUCCGCAACCGGCACAGUCUGUCCAAACCACCACGCCGCAAGCUACGAACUCGAAAAAGAAGGCCACACCCAAGCAAGCAACGGACACGAAUGUUCCAAAGCCAACAACUCCCGUCGUACCUCAAUCUUUCCCUGUAAGACAAGCACAGCCAAACGAGAAUGCCACUCGAUUCACGGGCAACACUGUUUGGCCGCCCGAGAAGCAGGCGCAUCUGGCAAGCGCAGCAGCAGCAUAUCUCAACGGUCAAAACGAUGUUCAGAAAGUUGAGCCUGGCCAGAUAUUGAGCCUGCUGAACAGCAAUCCUUCUUACGUUGAGCUAUGCGAACUACUGGAAAAGAUGGGUCUAAAGCUGGACCGAGCUGUGUUCGCGAAGAGCUUACUUACAGCAGUACCAGACGUGAAUUCAACACCUCGUAAAUCUGUACAGCCUGGACUAGUUCCUAUCCAGAGACCACCGGUCCCACCUGCCGUCAUGAAGAAGGAAGUCGCGACUUCUGUUGUGCCAAGCCCGCAAUACGAACCCGCAGCUGCCUCGCCAGCAAACAGAAACUCUUACCCAUCAUUCCCAGGCAGCGCGUCGCCCGCACCUGCACCUGUACCUGCAUCCGUCGCCGAGAUGGUUCCCAUCAAAUCUGAGCUGAGGAAGCCAGCAAACAAGGAAGAGGCAGCCCGUAAGCGCAAUCUAGAUGAUCUGAUCGACUUGACUCAACUUCCAAAAGAAGAGGACACGGGGCCACCGCGAAAGAGGAUGAAUGCAGACCUGUACACAUCUCCAUACCCGCAUGUACAAGAUGCAAUGGUCGUCGAUGAAGAACCUUUGACUCCAAACUUUCCCAUUGCAAAUACUCUUUCGUAUCAGUCACAAAUGUCUGCACCUCAGCCGAUACAGCCGCCUAGCGAACUUCGAUAUCAAUCUUAUGUUGAACCACUGGACAAGAAGAAAGCCCUUCGUCGCAAUACUUACAACCCUGCGACAAUAGCACGAGAUGUGCUCCUCGCUUGUGGACGGCAUCCAUCAGAGCGCAGCUUGAACCAACAUCUAGAUGGACUAAGGACAACACUACCACAGAUAGGGUGGGACUCAGAUCUCAGCACUAUUAGGUGGGACUUGAUCGAUCCUGGAAGACCGCCGCCCGGCUAUUUCAAAGAUGGCGUUCAAGCCCUGACUGAGAAUGCAGACGAGGAGGAGGAGGAUGAUUCAGACGAUGAGAGCGAAACGCGUCCCCGCGCUCCGCCGAACGCGAUUGGCGGUGAAGGUGGGGCUCACAAGGUCCAAGCUCUACCUGAAGCUAUCAAUCCAUUCAAGCAGAAGCGCCGCGGUCGUCCUCCUCGACACUCCUUCCCCAACGGUGUACCAGCGACACCCAAGCGUCCGAGCAAUCCCGCUUCCAUGAGUUCAAGUGUUCCUCGUCCUACUUCUGGUGCCGCUGGAGUUGGCUAUCAAGCGUUCCGAUCUGCCAUAGAGUACGGACCUGACGGUAAACCACUUCCUAAGAAGAAGGGGCGCCCAGUAGGGUGGAGGAAAGCAAUCCAUGGAUCGCCUGCUGCGCAAUCUCGUCCAGCUUUGAACGGUCAUACCGGUCCUCAAAAGCAUCAGCCACCUCAACCAAGCUCUUUGCGCAAUGAACCCGUUCGUAUUAAUUUCCGAUCGCCAAGUGUUGCCAACCGCCUUCCAAAGUACCAAUCGUAUAAAUGCAAGUGGCAUAACUGUAAGGCGGAUCUACACAACCUAGAGACGCUCCAAAAGCAUAUUUACAAGGUGCACCGCAAGGCGACGGCUAGCAACACUCUGGAAUGCCUAUGGGAUGAUUGCGGAAAGGAGGUUACAAACUACGAUCCAAUGACCAACAUGAGUAUCGAACGUCAUCAACCACACUCCUUUGACAUAGAGAGCAACUGGCGCGAUCAUGUACAGCAUGCCCACAUUAGUCCGCUAUCGUGGCAGCUUGGUGAUGGACCGGUCGCUGGUCUCUCUGACUCGUAUAAUUCUGAGGCAUGUCUCAGCGAUGCACAAGGACGACAAGUCACACCACGCAUCACUGUUGACCGCGAACGUAUAGAAGCAUUGAGCAUCUCACCACAAGCACUUAGCGGUCGUGGCCGCGGACGUCCACCCAAGCGUACAGCGGAGCAAGAAGCCCGUGAUGCACAUGACAGACUUGUGUCACUCAAGAAGCGUAUUGGUGGGCCCGGCAUGGAUCGUGGAGGCGUAACGCUGGCGAACGAUAAGCGUCGAAGAGGCUUCCUCGAAGGCGAUGAGGCAGAAGAGGAGCUGGUAGAUGUCGAGGACUGA